GGGCGCUGCUGGAAAGGAGCCGGCCAAAUGAGAUCAACCUAAGGCCACCCUCGGGGGCGGGAGUUGGGGACCUGGGUCUACCCGGUGGGCAGCUCCCGCCUGCAGUACAGUGUGAAGGUAUGGAUCAGAGCCCGAGCCGCGGAGCUGCGCUGCUGCCGCUACUCCGGCUUCUGUGGCUGCUGCCCUACUCCUGGCCCGGCUCCGCAGCCCACUCUCUGGCGUGGCGGGAAGACCUGCAGAACCACACGUUCCGGCACACAGUAUUCUGCCAAGAAGGGAGUCCCAGCAUGGGGCUCUCUGAGAGCUACGAUGAGGACCUGCUUUUCUCCUUCGAUUUUGCCAAGAGCACUCGGGUGCCCCGCCUGCCUGAAUUUGCUGACUGGGCAGAGGACCGGAGCGACGCCCCUGCCAUUGCAUUUGACAAAGAAUUCUGCGAGGCAAUGGUCCAGCAACUAGACCCAGUAUUUGAUGGAAAAAUCCCAGUGUCCAGAGGCUUCCCUGUCCCCGAGGUGUUCACGCUGAAGCCCCUGGAGUUUGGCAAGCCCAACACACUGGUCUGCUUCGUCAGUAACCUCUUCCCCCCCAAGCUGACGGUGAACUGGCAGCAUAAUUCGGACCCGGUGGAAGGGGCCGGGCCCACUUACAUCUCGGCCAUCAGUGGACUCAGCUUCCAAGCUUUUUCUUAUUUAAACUUCACGCCGGAACCCUAUGACCUUUUCACCUGCCUGGCGACUCACGAAAUUGACGGCUUCACAGCAAUCGCCUAUUGGGUGCCCCACAAUGCCCUGCCCUCGGAUCUCCUGGAGAAUGUGCUGUGUGGCCUGGCCUUUGGCUUGGGGGUGCUGGGUAUCAUCGUGGGCGCUGUCCUCAUCGUCUACUUCCGGAGGCCUUGCUCAGGGGACUGAUUCUGCUUGUUCAAAUUUGAUGCCAACAGUGACUCCAAGCAGAGGGUGCUCGGCUUCUCAGGUCCUGUCCAGGGCCUUUCCUCAGCAGGAAAAAUUCCUGACCCUGUCAGAGGGAGGCUGAGGAGGUGUCUCAGGUGGGCGGUGCUGUUCCUGGGUUUUGCAUCCCCAGGAGCCCAGAGGAGCCAGAGGAGCCCAGAGCUGCGCAUUACAUUACCCCUCCCUUCCCUCUUCAAGGCAAUAAAAUAAUCCUCGGUUCUUAA